AUGGUGACUCACUAUCAUGGAGCUGCGGAAAAGUCGAUCCUGGCUCGUGAAAAUGUGGUAAGCCUGCGGGAGGAAAAUACGCGGUUCUGCGGCGAGUUAGAUGAGGCACAGAGGGUGAACGAUCAGACGCGGCAGGAAGUGUGGAAGGCCAUCGAGGAGUUGCGCGCGGACCUGCGCAACCUGCAGGAGGAGCAUGGGAGGGUGUCAAUGGCAGUGAUUGACCUGCGGACCAAGUUGAAUAAUUCGUUGCUCGCCCUGCGUAACCAGAUCUCGACUGCCCACACUCGUCUUGCGAGUAUCGAGCGACUGAAGAAAUAG